CAUGUGGUGGACCCUGACGCUCUCACUGGUAGUUGCACUGGUAUUGGGCCCUGAGGUGUCCCAGUGUGAGGAUGUGGUGGCAGUCGAUGAGGAGGAGGUGGAGGAGGAGCAGCAGGAGAACUUCAGCGACAUAUCCACCGUACUCGGAAAGACGCGGCACCAGAUCCUGGCUGCUCAGUUUGAGUGCUACCUGAAGAUAAUCCAUGAUCCGCCAUGUACAGAAGAAGGUACUUACUGUAACCGUACGUGGGAUGGCUGGCUGUGCUGGGGCGAUUCAGCUCCAGGGACUGUCAUGCAGAUGUGUCCUGAAUACUUUUUCGACUUUGACCCUGCUGAAAAGGUAACCAAAGUGUGUAAUCCUGAUGGCCAGUGGUUCCACCAUCCAGAGAGCAACAGAGUCUGGACUAACUACACCCAGUGUCAGGCCUACACCAAAGACAGACGUAAGUUUGCCAUCAGUCUCUACUACCUUGCCAUGGUGGGUCACGGCCUGUCGAUUGUCUCCCUGAUUAUUUGUCUGAUCAUCUUCUCCUACUUCAAGAGUCUUAGCUGCCAGAGAAUUUCCCUCCACAAGAACAUGUUUCUCUCCUUCCUCUUCAACUCUAUUGUUACUAUAAUGUGGCUCUCGCUCACGAUGGCCAAUAACCAAGCCAUAAGCACCAGCAACCCUGUGAGCUGUAAGAUCCUGGUUGUGCUGAUUCAGUACACGUCUACUUCCAGCUACUUCUGGAUGCUGUGUGAAGGCAUCUACCUCCACACGCUCAUCAUAGUGGCAGUCUUUGUCGGAGAACAGCAGCUCUUCUGGUAUUACGUUCUGGGAUGGGGUUUUCCCGUUGUCCCUGCCAUCACCUAUGCUGUGGCUCGCGGGCUCUUCUUUAACGACAAGUGUUGGAUCAGCUCAAACACACACCUGGUCUACAUCAUUCAUGGGCCCAUUCAAGCCGCACUGCUUGUGAACUUCUUCUUCCUCCUGAACAUCGUCCGGGUUCUGAUAACCAAAUUGAAAGAGACCCACUGUGCUGAGUCCACAGCCUACAUGAAGGCGGUGAGAGCCACCCUCAUCCUCAUCCCUCUGCUGGGAGUCCAGUUCAUCCUUUUCCCCUGGAGGCCAGAGGGGCGCAUCAGCCGGGCCAUCUUUGACUUCUUUGUUAAUAUCUUCUGCCACUUCCAGGGACUCCUGGUGGCAAUUAUAUUCUGUUUCUGCAAUGCCGAGGCGCAGACAGCGCUGAAGAGGAAGAAGGCUCAGUGGAUGUCUGCCUGGGGUAAAACGGGCUGGGGAGACACACCCAUCUCCAACAACUUCAACUACCACAACAACUCGUCCAUUACCGAAACCAGCCGCGCCACCAUCAGCCUGGAGCACCCUGCUGCUGCACCUUCUGAACGACACGAAGACGCUCACCUUCUGUCCGAGCUGAAGCAGAAAGCCAACGGGAAGCAGAACACAUGCAGCAACGGAGAGGUGGACAUUCUCAGCAAGUUGGAGAGCACCUGAAUCUGACAGGAGAAAGUGCAGAGGUGAUGGUUGUUGUGCCAAACACAUAUGCUCACUGAUAUGUAAACACAGAGGGACAGAAGACUGAAAAACUGAGAGGUCGCAGAUGAUUUUUCAAAAUAAGGGUCAACUGUUUGGGCAGUAUAUGCACAAUAUGUAGCUACAAAAUAUCUGAAAAGCACUUAAAACACAUGUGAUGUUCACACACACACUCCCAUUUCUGUCAGUAACAGCUCCAGUUUUUGGACUCAUAUGAACUGAUGAGAAAAAAAAAUGAUUUAUAUCAUGUAGUCAUCCUGUUAUCUUAUUUCUAGUAAUGGUUUUUGCAUACACGUGCUCUAUCGCUGGAAAAAGUUGACUUAUGUAUUUCAGUUAUAUAAUAAUGUAGCCUAUUUCUUUUUAAAAUGGAGAGAAACCUACCGUUUUCAUAUCACAAAUUCAGAGCUGUACGUUUGUGUGAUCCAUUGCCUUAUGUAGCCUCUGAAUCCUUUGCCGGUGCACCACUGUGACCUAUGAAUGUCGUGGCCCGUGGAUUGGGCGUGUAUGGUGGCUAGGAGAUUCAAAGUUUUGAACAUUACACCUUCAUUUUAUAGAACCAUUUUGGAUUAAUUUACCCUAAAAAUGUAUAACACUGUAGUAUUCAAAAGUUUAGAGUUUCUGUUCGAACAGGGUGCAACAAAAAACCUGAGCUAAAACCCAAAACUGUGCUGACUGCUUAAAGCUAGCCGGUGAAAUAGCCCCAGCUAGCCUAGUUAAUGCUAAAAGUGAAUUUAUGUACAGAUUUUUCCCAGCUGUUAUCUGUUACUGAAAAAUAUAUAUUUUGGUGAGUUUGGUAAUCCAGUUUGGUAAGUCAGUUAGGUAAAAUUGAUGCUAAUAUGACCCAGCUAAGGUCAUGUUUAAAAAAUUAAACUAAAACGCUUUCAUUGACCAAGCUGAAGUCAUGCUAAUGCUACCCGGUUUAGCCGAGUAGAAAUAGCUGUCUUCCGAGUUUUUGAAUCUGGUGGGAAUAAUGUGAUUUGUUGAUGUUUGGUUACUUAAAAAUAUUAUUAUUUUGUAUAAAUGUAUGAAAUUCAAAAUCAAUUCAUUUAUUUUAAUUUAAAAUUCAUUAUAUUGGUUUCAAUAAACAUUAAUAGUUGGUGGACAGACAGGCUCCUUGUAAAACAGAGAUAGGCAACUGCAGAUUCACAAUAAAGAUAAUGGCUUUAAAAUGAAAUACCAGAAUUGGCCUGAUAUGAAAGAUCAAAAAGAUGACACUUAAAUUAUGCAGCUUUUAUUGGUUGAAAUAGGUUAAAUUUCCCUUCUUGUCAGGAUUGUCUGAGAGAAAAGAUCAUCUAAGCCUUUUAUAGUAAGAUGGAAUAUACAGUUUGUUACACAAGAAUAAAUAUGGCAUGUUUUACAUGUAAUCUAGAUUAAAGUAGUGUUAUUGCUUAGCCCAGUGAAUGUGUACAUUUUAAAAAACAUUGUAUUUUAUAUUUGCAUCUACUACCAGUGGGCCAUCAUGAUAAGAAUAGAUGUAAUAUAUUAAUUCCACUACAGGACAGACUUGAUGUUUCUGCAACUAGGUGGAAAAACACAUAUGUGUAUGUGCAUAUAUAUCGAUAUAGGCAAUCAGCCAGAAUAAGUUAGGAAAUAUCAACACAUUCAAUAUUGUACAUCCCUAUAGGCAACAUAUACUGACUAUUUAGUGAAGAUUAUCCAAAAGCAGUGUUCUAUGAUGAUGACUUAGGGGGUAAAAUAUGACCUAAAACAGCAAAAAAUGGAGGCAUUACAUUCUUUCUAAUUUAUCAGAAACAGUGUUUGUCAGCCAACUUGAUCAUUUUAAACCUUUUUUCUCAACAUUAGUGUUUCUAUAAUACAACAAAGGAUUAGGGGAAUUAGAUGACAUUAGAUUUUGAGAAUUAAUUGAUUAGAAUUAACAGUACAAGAACAAAGUUGUAAUAUUAUGAGAAAAAGAGUUGUAAUAUAAUGACAAAGAAGUUGUAAUUUUAUGAGAAAAACAAAAAAAAAGUUGGACUUUUCAGAUAAUUAAGUCAUAUUUCUACAACUUUUUUCUCAGAAAAUUAUGCCUUUUUUAUGUAAAAUUACAAAUGUAUUCUCAUAAUAUUAGGAGUUUAUUCUCAUCAAAUUCCUCAAUGUGUCCCUAAAGCUCUUUUGUAUUUAUAGUAUCUGUUAUUUGCCUUUGCAGGGCAGCAAUGUUGAAAACUGAAGUCGUUUUUCAAUUUUGGUUGGUUAAGCAAAGCUAGUUAUUAGCAGGAAAAUAAGUAAACAGAAGAAGCUAUUUAAAAAAAUGCACAGUUAAGUAUGGUUAAAUCUAGUUUUUUUAAUAGAUGAUGGUCACUGUGUAGGUUAUGCUUACACAAAUUUUCAGUUUAUUAAAGCUGAAAGGGCUUCUGACUUUAAUGGUUCAUAUACACAGCUUAUGUUGAGCUAAAUCUAAAACAGUGGCAAUCUGUAUGUAACUAUGAAAUCUCCAUAGUAUAACAUUAUGGCUACAAACUUUGAGCCUCAUUUAAUUAUACCUGAAUAACUUCCUGGAACUAAAUGAUGUGCUGAACAUUAUGGGCUACAACUCACCUAAUUUACACAGGGAGCAAUGCUUUGAGUGCAGGAAAAUUACUGGUGCAGAGAUAAUUGAGCUGUGGAGUGCUGCAAUAAUUUCAGUCCAACUGAAUCUCAGUCAUUCUCUUCACUCACUCCAUUAAAAUUACACACACUGUUUGAAGGAUUUUGCCCAAAAAGAAGCACACACACACACACACACACACACACACACACACACACACACACACACACACACACGCACACACACACACACACACAAUAGAUUUAGAAACACUAUGGUGUAUGAAAUAAUUGGAUGAAAGGAGAAUGUUCACAGGUGUAUUUCGGAUGAGACAGAGCUACACAUUUAGGAUUUCUUUUAAAAAUGUUUCUGUCUCAAAUAUAGAUUUUGCAGGCAGAACAUGACUGUGCCAAUUUUUAUAUUGUGAGUGUUUCAUAUUUUUCCAUCUCUUAUUGACUCCACAUAGUCCACAUUGUAAAGAGACAAUUUCAAAGAUAUUUCAUGUUGUUAUUAGUGUUCUUAUCGCUUUGUAAUGUUCUGUACUUAUUGUUGUGGCUUUUAAAAUGUCCGUUUUACUAUUUCUUUGGUUUGUUAUAUUGUUGCAAUUUCCUUUUUUGCAAGUUCACUGCCACUUCACAGAGAUAUAAUUUAAUCGUUUUUCCAUUGCAUUUGUACCGUGGCUCUAAGUGCACUGACAGCACCAGCACCUUUUCAGUUUCCACUGGAACACUGAGCAAGUCUUAUGUUUGAAAGAGAGCUUGUAGCAAAUGUGUUCUGGUGUCCUUCCAGGAUGCACGCACACACACACACACACACACACACACACACACACACACACACACACACACACACACACAAAACAUACUGGGAACACAAAUGUUCCAGUGUGGAUAUUGCAGGCUACACUGAUGCAUGAGAAAUAAAACACAAUUGUGGUAAGAAAACAGCUGAGUAUGAGAAGGCUCUUGUUCAAGAGUUCUGAAAAUAUCCUGCACAAGGAUGUCACCCUGUACACUUUUGCCAAAGCUGCCCAGUAGAGAAACAGCUGUCUUGGACAUAUUUGUAAAGAAAUUUGAAAAACAUUCCAAUAAAAUAUCAAAAGAAAUGUUCAAUUCAAGCAUAUUACUGUAUAUAUAUUUUUAACACUGCCAUUUAUGAGUGGGAAUAAAGUUGUUUGAACAUAAA